CAGUGACUCUGAUGAAGUUGAGGAGGAAGAAGAGGAUACUGAAUUUAUACCGGUCGAUCAUGGACAGGGUAACAAGGAGCUCGAGGUGCCGAAGGUGGAAUUGCCUGCUGUUAGUCCUGUGAAAUCGCCAGUUGCUUCUGCAGCCAGCACGGAGGAGAAGUCUGCCAAGCCUCCCACCGCUCUCUGCAGUUUUAGGGCUGCUUUUGAGGCCUAG